CCCAACCACCUCAUGUCAGUCGACCUCGCCUCGCCUGUUACACGAUAAACAAUAAAGGGAAAAGAAAUGAUUUCAUACAAAAACAAGUGCUUUGUCCGGCCCUGCUUAUUCACAAUAAACUAAAUCUAUAUUUAAAAAGUAUUUCACGAUUUUUCUCUCGGUGACUUUUUUAUGCAAUCCUCAUGUUUUGACUGAAAAAUGACCAAUUCAUGGAGUUUGACAAACGAUUCAGAAAGAUUCGCUAUUGUUGUCCAAAAUUUCAAUCAAGACGGCUUGCACAGACUGAAGGUUACACUCGGCGAAAGUGUAGUCUUACUCCAGAAAAGCAGCGACUGGUAUUAUGGAUUUUCAACAAAAAACAAGUUAAACAAAGGCAUAUUUCCUAAAAGUUAUGUCAAAGUCAAAGAGGCGACCAUCGAUCGCAGUGGGCCCACUGAGGAAAUUGUUCUCAACCAGCCCCAAAUAGUCCAAGAGGUCACAUCAGUAUUAAGAGAAUGGGGGUCUUUAAUAAGAAACCUCUAUGUGAGGAACAGCAAACAUUUUCGACCUAUAAGGUCAAAAAUGUACGAACUCAUGGCUUACCGAAGCCAAAUUAUAUCGGGAAAAUUUCCAGUAGACGAGCUGAAACAAAUAAAAAGAAUUCUUACUUACAAAAUCGACAUUGGAAACAAGAUACUUGGUCUGGAUAUGGUGGUAAGGGAUGAGCAUGGAAACAUACUGAACCCUGAUGUAACAUCCACAGUACAACUUUACCGCCAUCAUCAACUUGCCAAUGAAAGAAUUCUCAAGUCGAUGACGGAAAGCGCUCCAUCUCAUGAAGAGAAACGUCCACAAAUUCAACAAUUCUGUCAUGCUCUUUUUGUCAACCCGACCAAACUGGAGUGUAAGGUAAAUGAGGAACUUGAACUCCUUCUCUGCCUCUACGAUGCCAAAGAGAACAGACCUUUUACAGAAAAUCAUGUCUUUCGAUGGGGAAAACUUGAAAACAAUCGGGUCCUGUACACUGAUUUAGGAACUAGAGAUAUUAAUAGGGAAAAGGUUUAUCUUGUAUGCUAUAUUGUGCGAGUUGGAGGAAUGGAAAACAAUAUUAAAUCCAAUAACAAACCUAGCAACAAUACCACACUACUCUCAUCUGAUUUUAUGCGAAGACCUUUUGGUGUAGCUGCAAAAGACAUUACACUAAUUAUAAAUGGAAAGUUAGGUCAAGCUGAAGAAGACCCUGUUACCCUUCCUCUUCUCAUGUGUGAAAAAGACAGCUUGGAAGGUACCUUAAAGAGAAUUUUAACAACCAAAGAUUUAACACAUAAAGAUCACAAAGGGCAAGGAUUGAAUGUCAUGUUGAAGAUGCACCAUGGAGACCUGAAGCAGAUCAGGGAGGAAAAUCCACACCUUGUCUUAGGGCAAGUCUCAGUUGCUAGGAAAAUGGGAUUCCCUGAGGUCAUCCUGCCUGGCGAUGUUAGAAACGAUCUCUAUCUCACACUGGUUGGAGGAGAAUUCUCUAAGGGCUCGAAAACGACUGAUAAAAAUGUCCAAAUUUCAGUUAGUGUCCAUAACGAUAAAGGAGAAACUUUAAAGGGAGUCAUUCAAAAUGGUGGAGAAGAGAGUGAAUACAGAUCCGUCGUUUAUUACCAUGAGGAUAAACCAAGGUGGGCUGAGACAUGUAAAAUAGCAAUACCAAUUGAGGACUUCAAGAUCAGCCAUCUCCGGUUUACCUUCAAGCACAGGUCGUCCAAUGAGACUAAGGAUAAAAACGAGAAACCGUUUGCACUCUCUUACGUCAAGCUUAUGCAAAAAAAUGGGACAACACUUGCAGACACGGUACACGAGUUGCUCGUGUAUAAAGUAGACCAUAAGAAGUAUGAUCCUAAAGAUAUCGCUUAUCUCGCUCUGCCCUCAACACGUUCUGAGCUUGAAGAUGGUACUAAACCAGCAACAAAUGGGCUCACUCUUACAAAUAAGGAUUCUUUUACAAUACAAACAAAUGUCUGCUCUACAAAAUUAACACAGAAUAUUGAUCUGCUUAGUUUGCUUAACUGGGCAAACGAGCCGGGUAAUGUUAAAGAUAGCCUUCAAGCUCUAAGCAAUGUGAGCGGGGAGGAAAUAGUGAAAUUUCUUCAGGAUGUGCUCGAUGCUCUUUUUAAUAUAAUCCAGGAUUCAAAGACAGAAUCAUGCGACAAUAUGGUUUUUGAGUGUUUGCUUUACAUUAUUGGACUGGUCUCAGAUCGUAAAUAUCAACACUUCCAACCUGUACUUGAUCUCUACAUUCAAGAAAGCUUCUGCGCUACCCUAGCAUACAAUAAGUUAUUGAAAGUGUUAAAAUAUCAUGUGGACAAUUCAGACUUUAUCAACCCCCACAAUAAAGAUAUUCUACUUAAAACUAUGAAGUCCCUCCAGUAUAUCAUGAAAUUUAUUGUUAGAUCCAGAAUAUUAUUUUCUGAAUUGAAUGGGGGAAAAGACGAAGAUGAAUUUAUGUUCGCGUUGAGAGAUGUCUUACAGAGUUUUGUUGCUCUUAUGUCUGAUAACUCGGAUGCAACUCUUGUGCUGCAGGGCACUUGUUUAAAAUACUUUCCUACAACAAUACCAGAUAUUAUUGAAGUCUUCAGCCCUACUCAUCUUAGCGAUAUAUUGCGAGAUUUGAUCGGCAAUUUGUCACCUCAGAGGCUGAUGAAGCAAAAGAUGAUGACUCUGAGUGACAUCAUCCACAGCCCUCUUUUUGCUCUUCCAGAAUGCCGGCACAUACUUUUACCUGAUGUAUUGCUUCACGUCAAAGAUUUACUUGAGGCAAAAGACGAGCCGUCAUUUAAACAUGAGUUUAGGAACAAAACAAAAUCAGUUGCAAAGGUCGCCAAAGUGUUGGGAGAGUCUGAGGCAAAGUUACAAGACUUACAAGAAUCUUCUGACAUAUCUCAGGUCGAGCUUUGUGUUAAUAUCUUAAGUGACAUUAUGGAUCUUCUAUUUCGUGAUAAUAUUGGGAUGACAUCUGAUGAUUUGAGUGUCACAGCUUAUACGAUAUUAAGAACAGUUACACAAACCGCUAUUGCUAUGGAUAGGGAAGGGGCCCUUGUUGGGAAUCUUGUUGCAAUAAUGCUAUCAAUUCUACGCCAAAUGGGUUCUAUCCAUUUUACAGAGUACAUCAGGAGAUUCCCGACCAAUAUAGAUCUUCUGGAUUUUCUCAUGGAAAUCCUUUUGGUAUUUAAAGAUUUAGUUUCAAGGCCGGUCUAUCCAAAAGAUUGGUCAGAAAUGAUCAUGCUUCAAAAUAGUAUAAUCUUGAAAUCCUUGCACUUUUUUUCUCACACCAUUCGGGACCACUUUUUUUCAAAGAACUUCGAGCAUCAGGCUUGGAACAAUUUUUUCCAUUGUGCCAUAUCUUUCCUAACACAGCCUGCUCUACAGCUUGAGAUGUUUUCUCCCACAAAGAAACGCAUGAUUGUUAAACGUUACAAAGAUAUGCGAAUGGACACCGGAUCUGAGAUUCGCAGAAUGUGGUUCAACUUGGGCCAACACAAGAAGCAAUUUAUUCCCGGAUUGGUCGGGCCUUUUCUUGAGAUGACCCUCAUACCCGAAAGCGAGCUGCGAAGCGCUACUCUACCUAUAUUUUUCGACAUGAUGCAAUGUGAAUUCUAUUCGCAGAAAGACUGUAACGACAAUCAAAAGGAUUCGACUAAAAUCAAAGCUAAUUUCCAUGAGUUUGAAAACGAAAUGAUUUCUAAAUUGGACAAUCUUGUUGAAGGGGGUCGUGGUGAUGUUGAAUAUAAAGAAUUAUUUUACAAAUUAGUUGGAGGUCUGUGUGAAAACCAUUCAACUUUAAAAGACCAGGGGUUGCGUUUUGUCAAAACUGUGUCACGAUUAAUGGAGAGACUUUUGGAGUAUAGGUGUAUCAUCAAUGAUGAAAACAAAGAAAAUAGAAUGAGCUGUACAGUCAAUUUAUUAGACUUUUACUCAGAGAUCAACAGAAAAGAGAUGUACAUAAGGUAUCUCAAUAAACUUUGUGACCUCCACCUUGAAUGUGACAACUUUACUGAAGCCGCGUACACCCUCAAGCUGCAUAGCAAUCUGCUCAGUUGGUCUGACGAUUCCCUCCAUAUGUUGUUAAGGAGCAGCCGUUACCCAAAUUGCACAACUCACCGUCAGCUCAAAGAAGCCCUUUAUACUAAAAUUAUUGAAUAUUUUGAUCAGGGAAAGAUGUGGGAAUGUGCUGUGGAAAUAUGCAAAGAGUUAGCUGACCAGUAUGAGAAUCACUUUUAUGAUCUGAAACGCCUUAGUUCACUUCUUAAAGACAUGGCAUCGUUCUAUGAUAAGAUAAUGGGCAAGUUACGCCCUGAGCCUGAAUACUUUAGAGUUGCUUACUAUGGAAAAGGCUUUCCACAUUUUCUUCAAAACAAGGUUUUCAUCUACAGGGGAAAAGAAUACGAAAGAUUAAGUGAUUUCAGCACACGUACGUUAAACCAACUUCCAAAGGCCGAGCUAUUAAGUACAUUGACAAUGCCGGGAGAUGACAUAACACAGUCGAAUCACCAGUACUUACAGAUAAACAGCGUUGAGCCAAUGAUGGAUGAAAAAAGGCAGAGGAAAAUGGGCCAAUAUGUCAGCUCGCAAGUUCUUAAAUAUCACAGAGUAAAUAAUGUCCAGAAAUUUCGAUUUUCACGUCCAAUAUUUAAGCGGGAUUCAAUAGCUGAUAAAGAAAAUGAAUUUGCGACUUUGUGGGUCGAGAGGCAUAUUAUGGUUACUUCAUAUCCUCUACCAGGAAUCUUGCGGUGGUUUCCAGUUACAGCAACUCAAGUGUACACAUUAUCUCCUCUCGCUAAUGCCAUCGAAACUAUGCAGGCAUCAAAUAAUUCACUGCGUGAAUUGAUUCUGGAUUAUAAAAACGAUCCAAACUUGAAUCUAAAUCCCUUGAGCAUGAAACUAAACGGUAUAGUGGACCCAGCGGUUAUGGGCGGGAUCACAAAUUACGAGAAAGCAUUCUUCACAUCAGAAUUCUUAGAAAAACAUCCUGAGAGUUUAGCACAAGUGAACCAACUGAAAGAGCUGAUAGCAUGUCAGAUUCCACUACUUGACGUUGGGAUAAAGACCCAUCGAGAUGUCGCUCCUCCACAGCUUCUCCCUCUUCAACAAAAACUUGAAGAGUGCUUCACAUCCAUGCAGGCUCAUGUUUUUUCUAAUUAUGGUGUUAAAAACUGUGAUAUAAAAUAUGAACCAGUACAAAUGAGACGUCAGGCCAGUCUGCCAAACAACAGCACCGAAAAUCGCCUCUCUGGGACUAGUUUCGGCUCCACCGAGGGGAGUAGAUCACGUGUAUCCAGCCUGACGAGAUCACAGGUCGCGAGCCUGAAGACAUUUGUAAACUUUGCAACAAUGUCACCCUCGUCCACUUUAAGUAGGGCAAGUAGUGUUUAUGUCCGUUCGACUUCAAUGGCCAUGACGACACCGCGGAAAGACAAGAAGAAGAAAAGAAGGCACACAAACAAAGAAAAGGACGUUUAUAGUAUAGGUUCUUCAUCAACUCUUGACAGUUCAAACACACCGAGGGCUUCGUCACAAUGGUACACGGGUUCGUUGGUGCUGGGCAAUACAUCAGUUUCUACACCUUCGACUCCAACCACGAGCAUCAUCUCCUGUGACGAUGUCAGCAUUUCUCCAAAUUCCAUACCUGUCAUAGAACUUAGGCAGCAGUCGCCCAAUCUUAACGAACACCGUCACGAGAUUUCUCAAGGAACUAGAGAGAAGAUAAGAAGAUAUUUAGAACAAGUCAAAAUGUUAACCCCAACAAGACCGCUUAGGUCAGAAGUAGAAAAAGAAAAGCGUCUGAGUCGUCCACCGAGUGGGCAGUUUUCUUCAAAGCUUUCGAUAUCGAACACAAAUGGAAAUAGAGAUUCCAUUGGGGGCUCUUCAAUAGUUUCAGGUUUGACAGAUUCGACAGCUAGUGAGGAAGAGCCUCCUCCCCUACCGGCAAAGUCUAGGGAUGCUGAUUACUGCAAUCUCCCUGACGAGGUUAGCUCAGGUGUAGUUUUAUCAACUCCAUCCACACCCAGGGUGAGAAAUAAGCCUAUACCACCUGUGCCGAUUGAUGUCAAUCAUCCACCAACCCCUCCUCCGAAACGAUCAUCGGGUAUGAAACCACCAGACUAGUCUUUAAGCUUACAAGUUACAUGCAUAUCAAUAUUUUAUGAAGGAAAAAAAGGUUAAGUGUGUUAAUGUACGCUUUCCCAGGGUUUUUGUAGGUAUUUUAUUUUAAAUAUUUAUUACUUAUUAUUUUUUUAAAUUGUGGCAACUAAAAAAAGUGCUAAAAUGCAUAAAACAGUAGUAAAUCUUACUACAUAAAAGGGAACUAUAUUGAAAUUUAAAAAAAAAUAUAUUUUUAUAAAUUAAAAGUUGAUUUAUAUCCAAAAUUUAUAUGGUUUAUACAAGCAAAAAAAUUUAUAUAAUGUCCCAAACUUCCAUUUUUUUAUGCAAUAUUGUUGUUCAUUGUCCAACAUUGUAUCAC